AUGGCAAAGAAGUAUAAUUUCGAGGAAUGUUUGGAAGCAGUGGAUAAUAAUAAAGCUGUCGAUCCUUGCAGUUCACAGUGGAUACUAUUGUGGAUGUUUGGUGCCUAUAUUGACGAAACCCCUACUGAACAACAGAAAAAAAGUUUGGAAGUUUUUUAUAAAUCAAUUCCUGACCUAUGUACAAAUAAAUGUUAUACACAAUUUUUAUCUAAUUUCCCUCCAAAAGUGGAUAAUAGAAGGAUGCUAAUGGGAUGGUUACAAAUGGCAGAAAAUUCCUGUAGAGUACAAAACGGCCUCAAACCCAAACCUUUCAAGUUCAUUAAUAGAAUUAUAAAUAGUUAUUAUAAAUAA